AUGUCUCUCGGGCGAACUUUCAAGCUCAACUCGGGCUACCAGAUCCCUGCUGUCGGUCUCGGCACUUGGCUCUCUAAGCCCCAUGAAGUUGAAAAUGCUGUCGAAACCGCCCUUCGUCAGGGCUACCGUCACAUUGAUGCUGCUGCGUGUUAUCAAAAUGAGAACGAAGUAGGCAACGGAUGGAAGAAGUCCGGCGUGCCUCGUAAAGACAUCUUUAUCACCAGCAAGCUGUGGAACACACACCACCACCCAGACAAUGUGGAGGAAGCUAUCAACAAGACAUUGAGCGACCUCCAAACCGACUAUUUGGACCUGUACCUUAUCCACUGGCCCGUCGCUUUCGCGCACACUAAUGAGACUCUCACGCCGACGGACCCGGUGACGAAGCGAUUCCGACUAGCCGACGUUCCGGUCUCCGACACCUGGGCUGCUCUCGAGAAGUUUGUCGAGGCGGGCAAGAUCCGAAGUAUCGGAAUAAGUAACUUUACUAUCGCAGCGACGAAGGAGCUGUUGAAGACUGCGAAGAUCCCGCCCGCUGCGAACCAGAUCGAGGCACACCCUUACCUGCUGCAGCCGGAGCUCUUCUCUUACCUGAAAGAACAGAACAUUCUUCCCGUGGCGUACUCUCCCCUCGGUAACAAUAUUUAUGACUUGCCUCGUGUGGUCAAUGACCCCGUCGUUGAAGAUAUUGCCAAGAAGCUCAACAAGGACCCUGCGCAAGUCCUUAUCUCCUGGGCCAUUCAGCGAGGCUCUGCUGUGUUGCCUAAGAGUGUUACGCCGUCGCGAAUCGAGAGUAACUUCCAAGACUUUGUUCUUCCCGAUGAGGAAUUUGCAGCUCUGAACAAGCUGGACAAGAACACCCGUUACAACUAUCCUUUCCGCUGGGGUGUUGAUGUCUUCGAGGAGCUGGGCGCCGCUGAAGCUGAGCGCCGCGCUGAGGAGCAUGCUGCCACUCAACGAGCUAGCACUUAA